AUGGUCGGAAUCGUUGCAGUGCAGCCGGUGCACAAGGUGGAGCGAGAGGUCGCCGUCGCUGAGGCGCCUGAGCUGAGACGCGUAAUCUGGUACAAAGACCCCGGCCUGAGGAAGCUCUAUGGUCUGGCGAUUGCGCUCUUCUUCGCCUCGGCAACCACUGGAUAUGAUGGUUCCAUGUUGAACGGCCUCCAAAUCCUGCCCGUCUGGCAAGACUACUUCAAGCACCCUACGGGGUCCAUCCUGGGCCUGUUUGGGUCGAUUUACAGCAUCGGAAGCUUGGCUGGCCUACCAUUCGCACCGUAUCUGUGCGACAUAUUUGGUCGACGCAUCGCCAUAAUGGCAGGAUGUAUCUUUCUCUUUGUUGGCGUUGCCAUCCAGAGCGCGUCCCAGAACUUCUCCAUGUUCAUCGCUGGCCGCUUCUUCGUCGGAUUCGGCAACAGCAUGGCUUCCAACUCGGCGCCUCUGCUCCUCACCGAGCUGUGCCAUCCGCAGCACCGUGGCCGAGUGACCACCGUCUACAACCAGCUCUGGGACAUUGGCUCCAUCGCGGCGACCUGGAUCACCUUUGGCACCUUCACCAUCAAGGACAACUGGUCGUGGCGCAUCCCCUCGAUCCUCCAGGCUUUCCCGACUUUGAUCCUCUUCUGCUUUAUCUGGAUCAUCCCAGAAAGCCCGCGCUGGCUGAUCUCCAAGAACCGACACGCCGAAGCCCUGACCACGCUGGCAAAGUAUCACUCCAACGGCGACGAGACCGACCUGACCGUUCAAUUCGAGUACCGCGAAAUCAGGGAGACGCUGCGCCUGGAGUUCGAGUCAAAGAAAUCCAGCAGCUUUCUGGACUUUCUGCGGACAAAAGGUAACCGAUACCGACUGUUGCUUGUUAUUGCGCUAGGCCUGUUCUCCCAGUGGAGCGGCAACGGACUGACCAGCUACUACUUCGCGCUCGUCAUGAAGAGCAUCGGCGUUACGGAUCAUAACGAGCAGUUCGAGAUCAACGGCUCCAAGACCAUCGUGUCCCUGAUUGUUGGACUGAUCGCCGCCGCAGUGGUGGAUAAGUUCGGCAGACGGCCGCUUUUUCUCACCGCCACAUUCGGCAUGUUCGUCUCAUUCGUCCUCUGGACCGCCUGCUCCGCGCUGUACGACCUAGAGGGCAACCUCGCCGCCGGCAAGACGGUCAUCUUCUUCAUUUUUCUACAUGGCGUCUUCUACAACAUCGCCUGGUCGGGCUUGCUGGUCGGCUACACCGUCGAGAUCAUGCCGUAUAAACUUCGCGCAAAGGGACUGAUGCUCAUGAAUUUCUUCGUCCAAGCCGCGCUUGUGUUCAACCAAUACAUCAACCCCAUCGGCCUGAGCCACCUCCAACCCCGCUGGAGAUUCUACUCCAUUUACUGCGGCUGGCUGCUCUUCGAAGCCCUCUUCGUAAUCUUCUUCUUCAUCGAGACCCGCGGCGUCACGUUGGAGGAGGUGGCCAAGAUCUUCGACGGCGAGGACGCACAGGUCGCCCACGUGGACCUCGACGCCGUGGAGGAGAAGAUGGCGCAUGAAGUCGAGGUGACGGAGGUGGAGACCGUUAGUGCGCCGAAGAAACAGCACGUUUAG